AAACAGUUUGCAUAAAACGCACGCAUUUAAAAACAACCUCAUUAUGCAUAAGUGUCGCCACUAUGAAUUCCAAAGUAAAUUUCUGCAUGAUCAUCAUUUCAUCAACACUUUGUAUAAAUUCAGUACGAAGCGACGACUUGACGUUUUCAGUCGUCUCAACCAGCAAACCUCCGUUUCCUCCAUACCUCCAAAAUGACGAAAUUAUAUUCGAAGACCAGUUCGAAAUUCGAAAAUCCCUCACCGAAACGAAACACCGUCUAGAAAGAUUCGAGUUGAAAAUGACCCAAAUCCAAAGAUACCUAGAGACGGUUUUGAAGCUCCAUAAUGUCAAAAUAGACGAAAACCUGACCUCCGACCCAACCGAUUUUUCAAAAAUCGAAAGAAUCGUCGAAGAGAAAUUAAAAUCGUACAAACCGUGCGCACAAAUCGACGACAAGUUGGACCAACUCAAAGACGAUUUGAUAAACCAAAUCGAUAAAAAGCACGAAGAGCAAGCUAAUCUUGCUGCGACGAGCUUGAACGAGGCAAAACAAGACAUAAUUAAGAAAGUCGACGCGUUUGAAAUGAAAUGGACUUCCACGAACAAGCAGCUGGAUUUAAUGGAGAUGUUUGAAAAAAGUCUUGGACCGCAGACGACGGAACAGGUCAUAGUUUUGCCGGUGGACAACAAUAAUAACCAGGUUCCGAAGAACUGUAAAGAAAUUUUAGAGAGAGGUAACAAGGAGACUGGGGUUUAUACCAUAAAACCACCCAAAGCUGCUAAACCUUUCAAAGUAUUGUGCGACAUGGACACGAAAGGUGGUGGUUGGACCUACUUCAUGCGACGGUUUAAUGGCUCUCAAAACUUUUUCCAGAACUGGGAGGAUUAUAAAAAUGGUUUUGGGGAUCUAGAAGGAGAGUUCUGGUUGGGUUUGGAACAUCUGUACGAACUAACAGGUGACACUAUCAACGAACUGUUGUUUGUACUUACUGACUGGGAGGGAAAAACCGUGAAAUCGCAUUUCAAGGAAUUCCGUAUUGGGAACGAAAAGGAGCGCUACGCACUAGACGUCAUUCGGGGCUACAGUGGGGAUGGUGGACAGUCGUUUAUGAGUCAAUUGAAGUGGAAAUUUAGCACUGGGGAUAAACAGGACGCUUUUGGGAGCUGCGUCAAUACUUAUCAUGGACCGUGGUGGUACGGCCCUGGGUGUUUUCACGUUAAACUCACCGGGAAGUACCUCAGGGGUAAAACGGAGUCGUACGCAGAGGGAAUACAUUACUCGGAAUUCCACGGCUUCAGGUACAGUUUGAAGAAAGUUAAAAUGAUGGUUAGAGCAUAAAUAUGUUUUAAAUGUCAAAUUUAUGUUUUUGCUAAAUUGUAUAUCCGCCCAAUAAUCAGUUAAUUUCAGCAAUCAA